AUGUCUUCAACCGAGAUACGCAAAGGCUCCGUCACAGCAUCCGAACAUGUCCAACAGAACCAGACCAUUAUCAAGAACAACAGUGGACCUCACCCAUCCAGCUCCUGGCUCGAACGCAAACUCCGACCCAGCAAGAUCACACAUCGCUACCCCAUCAAAGGCAAAUGGCUCCUCUAUUCGACCUGCGCCUUCGGCAGCCUCGGCGAUGCGUUGUUCGGAUACAACUCUGGAAUCAUGUCUGGUCUUUUGGUCAACCCAGUCUUCAUUAAGAAGUUCUUCUCCGACUACGGCGGUGCCAACGGCACAACUGAGGCCAUCGAUCCGACCAUUACAGGAAUUUCAGUAGCUUGCCUCCAAGCAUCUGCUGCCGUGGGAGCUUUGAUUGCCGGAAGAUUAGGCGACAUCAUCGGGCGGAAGAAGUGUGUCCGCCUCGGAGGUUUCAUCUACUUCUUCUCAGCCUUUAUGCAGAUAUUUGCCCCAGACUUUGCAACUUUCGUGGCUGGCCGCACAAUUCAGGGCCUAGGCGUUGGCUUCCUUUCCAUGACCGUCCCAAUCAUCCAAACCGAGAUUGCGAAAGCGCAUCGCCGUGGUCUUAUGGUCGGAAUCGAAUACACUUUCCUGAUCGCAGGAUACAUGCUAUCGUGCUGGGUCGACUACGGCUUCAACUUCCUGCUGGAUUCGCAGCCAAAAAUGUCAUGGCAAGGGCCGUUCAUCGUACAGAUCGCGCUGUCGUUCAUUCUGCUCGCGAUGAGCUUCUUCCUUCCCGAAACUCCAAGAUGGCUGGCUAAGGCAGGAUUCUUGAAAGAGAGUCUGCAGGUCGUUGCAGAUCUGCACACGCCUGACGGAGACACCGAGGCCGAGCAUGUCCAAGCCACUUUCCUGGAGAUUCAAGAGGCAGUCAGAUAUGAAGAGAGCCUGGGAAGCUCCAGCUGGACAGAGAUGUUCACGAGAUACCGCAAGCGCACGAUAGUCGGCGUGACUGUGCAGAUGUUUGCGCAACUCAAUGGCAUCAACAUCAUCUCAUUCUACCUCCCAUCAACUCUGUCCGCCGCGGGCUUCAGCGAACGCCGCUCGCUGCUUUAUACUGCCGCCAAUGCUCUGCCCUAUACAGCUGCAACGGUUGCCACAUGGUGGCUGGCGGAUCGCUGGGGUCGUAAGCCCUUGCUUAUCUUGGGAGGUGUGGUCAUGGCUGUGAUGCUCGCAAUCGUUUGCGUUUUCAACGAAGCGAACCUGGACAUCACCACGAAGGCCAACGGCCAGUACGCUUUCGUGAUGCUGUACAACAUUGUUUACGGCUUCACGUGGGGACCAAUGCCUUGGCUGCUUCCGGCUGAGAUAUUCCCCCUGCGAGGCCGAGCGAAAGGGAUGGCGUUGGCAACGACUUCCAACUGGAUCUUCAAUUUCAUCAUUGGCAUGGUUUCGCCGGAUGCUUUCGCUGGCAUCCACGGGUACUUCUACCUGGUCAUUGGCGGGUUUUGUCUUUUUUCGGCUGGCCUGGCACACUUCUACUACGUCGAGACUGCGGGACAUACGCUCGAGGAGAUCGCGACGGCUUUCGGGGACAAAGCGUUUGUGGCUGACGACGAAGAGGUGAAGGUCUCGGCGGCGACAGUCACAAUGCCGAGUACGGGAGAGAAGGUCUAG